AAAUUUCCCAAUUUUCUCCCUAAAAUUCCCCAAUUUUCCCCCCAAAAAUUCCCGAUUUUUUUUCGCUCCUCCUUUCCGCUUCCGCCCCGCCCCCUUCCCCACCCUCGGGGGGGCGUGGCUUCCCCAAAAUCCCGGGAAAUUGCCCCAAAAAUCCGUGUGGGGGAGGGGCAGGAGCGGGGCCAUGGAGCAGGGCCUGGUGAUGGUGGUGACGGGCGGCUCGGGGUUCCUGGGCUCUCACCUGGUGCAGGUGCUGCUGGAGGCGGAGCCGGAGCUCCGGGAGCUGCGGAUCCUCGACCUCGACCCCGACCUCGAGAUGGUCCCGGAGCGGCACCGUGAGCCCCAGAAAGGCCCCGAUUCACCCCAAAAAUCCGCCCCAAAACGCCCUGAAUUCAGCCAAAAAAUCCACCCCAAAGUGCUCUGCACCAAGAACGUGAUCCGGGGCUGCCAGGCCGCGGGGGUGCCGGUGCUGAUCUACACCAGCAGCAUGGAGGUGGUGGGGCCCAACACCCGCGGGGACCCCUUCGUCAGGGGGGACGAGGAGACGCCGUACCCCACCCGGCACUCGGAGCCGUACCCGCUGAGCAAGGCCCAGGCCGAGCGGCUGCUGCUGGAGGCCAACGGGAAACCCGUGGCGGGGGGCGGGCGGCUGGUGACGCUGGCCCUGCGCCCCACCGGGAUUUUCGGGGAGCGGCACCCCCUGCUGGAGCUCUUCUACCGGCGGGGGAGGGGCCUGGGGGGGCGCGUGCCGCGGACCCUCCCCCAAAACGCCGAGCACGGGCGGGUCUACGCAGGUGAGGGGGGAAAUUGGGGGGAAAUG